AUUUGUUUCCUGACAUUGCUUAUUUCUGUUCAUCAUUGUAUUGUCUGAGGCCAAUGUGAUGAUAUCUGCUCGGAGCAUCUACCUUGUUCUUUAAAUACAUAUUUAUCGAACUCCACAUCAAGCCAACCCACCCCGCGAUACCAGACAAACGGUUCUCCAACCGCCAGUACUUCCACCACUAUAUCCCACUGACUUAAACCCUCGGUAACCAUCUCAUGCCGAAUGAGUGAGCGAAUGGCCGGCCCACCUCCAAGAUGAAGCCAUCAGAGCUCGAGUUAACGCUUGGGCGAGCGUUGCUCUCGCAUCCCCAGAAGUACGAGUACCGCUACAACGAAGACGCAGAACAUGACCUUCUACAACUCCUUUUCCGGUCUUUAGCGGGUUUCAACGAUGAAUAUUUACGUAUCCUAUUCCCCGAUGGCAACCCGAGCGAUUACUGGCAGCUAUCCGCAGCUCAAGGCAUGGUCGAAGGGGCAGAAUAUACUGAAGCGGCGCGUGGCAAACGAUGCGGGCAUGUAUUCAAGGUGGGAGAAGCGUCAUAUCGAUGCAUGACGUGUUCUACCGACGAUACAUGCGCUUUAUGUGCCCGGUGCUUUGACGCUUCGGAUCACACUGGCCAUAAGUACCACGUUUUCGUCUCCGGGGGCCAUUCUGGGUGCUGCGACUGUGGAGAUGAGGAGGCUUUCAGGCUCCCUGUGAACUGUGCUAUCCAUACGGACCUAGAUGGGAAAGCAAACAAGGGUAAAACAUCGUCGCAGCUCCCCGCAGAUUUUCUCGACAGUAUAAGAACGACGAUUGCUAGAGUAUUCGAUUAUUUCUGUGAUGUUAUAUCGUGCUCUCCAGAGCAACUCCGGCUCCCCAAAACGGAGGAUAAUAUUCGGCAGGAUGAAGUUGCUUCACGAUUAUCUUGUGAAUGGUAUGGUGGUGAAGAUCUCGAAGAAGAAAGCCCCGAGUUCGCCGUUGUAUUAUGGAACGACGAAAAGCACACGAUCCGUGAGGUUACCCAGCAAGUUGCUCGGGCUUGUCGCGAGAGUUCUCAGUUUGGCCUAGACCGAGCGAAUGAAACAAACGACUAUGGAAGGAGUGUCGUAAAGUAUUCAAAGGACCUGUCUAGCCUACUUCGCGUUUCCGGGGUCAUCGAGCAGAUCAGGGUGACGGUAACCGUCAGAUCGUCUAGAGAUACCUAUCGAGAACAAAUGUGCGGUACGAUUAUUGAAUGGUUCUCUGACAUCGCUGGCUGCCAAGUCGGCGGUGAUAAUGAGGUUCUAAGGCGGACAAUUUGUGAGGAAAUGCUGAGUCUCUGGCGACCUGGUAGCCGCGCAUCUAACGUUGAUAUUGGCAUGAACGGUAUUGAUGACCACUCACGUGAGGAAGGGAGAAGUAUUCGAGUUAGGGUAGGGAUUACCGCACAAGGCCAGGUGAUUUUUGGACGUGACCUACCGCUGGAUAUGGAUGAUGACGAAGAAAAUGAAGAUGAAAUACGUGAAGCUGUUGAUGUGGAAGGUGGAGUUGAAGUUGACGUGGAUGAGGACGAGGACGAGGAUGAAGAUGCCGACGACGUCGACAUGGAUGCAGCUUUGGACCUGGCGGACUCGUAUGCGGACGAUCUUGUAGAGGCUAUACUUGCAGCCAGGACCGAAGCGAGAGAAGACUCAGAUGUCGAAAUGGGCACCGAAGACGGCCUGGAGGCCGGUGAAGCCACACUGGCUGGGUACCCUCAACCACCACCGCCGCCCCCGCCGCCUCGUACUCGAGAAGAAGAACGGGUAGCUGAACAAAUGGCAGCUAUUCUUGUUAACCCAGGUGCUUACACAGGUUGGCCGGAGUCAAGGCUGCCAAUUGGACGAAAUGAGGACGGUGGAGAGGAUAGGGAAAACGAUGAGCAGGAAGGAAGCCAAGCGCAGGGAGGAAAUCGAGGCUCGCUCGGUGCAAACAAUAUCAAAAUUCCAAAAACCCCGGGAUUACGGACCAAAAGGUCUUCAAAGGCGGCGCCAUACUGGGAAGUCAAACCUGCACGCUAUCAUGAGCAUGGAUACCUUGCGUACGAAGAUCUUCGGAAGAGAACGAGACUCGACUGGCUGAUUUUGUAUGAUCUACGGCUUUGGAAGAAGGCGCGCAUAGAUGCUAGAGAGCUGUGCUUGGGCACUAUCGUCAAUAUUCCCGAAUUCAAACGGAUUCUUGGACUUCGGUUUUCUGCCUUGUACACAGCAUUGGCCCAACUGUAUCUGAUUGCGGAUCGAGAGCCGGACCAUUCCAUUAUUCAUUUAUCACUACAGCUUUUGACCACUCCAUCCAUCACGGAGGAGAUCGUUGAGCGCGGGAACUUCUUUACUAACAUCAUGGCAAUCAUUUACACCUUCCUCACCACUCGACAGGUUGGUGAAGCCCGGGAUGUGAACCCCUCUGUAACACUUGCAAUGGAUUCCGGCUCAAUGACUAACCGGCGAUUGUAUCACUUUUUCCUCGAUUUGCGUUAUCUUCUCUCUUCGGAACAUGUCCAGAGCCGGAUUCGUUUAGAACGACGAUAUCUUCUGCAAUUCCUUGAUCUCGUUAAACUUCCUCAGGGCAUCUGCCCGAAUAUCCGAGCCGUUGGAGAGCAUGUGGAAUACGAGACAGAUUCCUGGAUCAGCGCCUCGCUCUUGAUGAAAGAAAUUAACAGGCUCUGCCGACUUUUCUGCGAGGCUUUUCAACCAGACAGACUCAAAGAAGGUCAGUGUCAUCUUGCAGAAGCUAUCAUCGCUGCUAGUGUUUCUACAAUGGUGAAUUCUGUUGGUAUCGAAAGGAAAAGGUUUGACCAAGCGGAGAUUAAAGAGCUGGUUCAUUUCAAAUCGGUUCCCUAUGUUGAAUUCGAAAUUGAUGCUCUCAACAAAGUGGCACGGCACCGGAUUGUGGAUUUUGUUGUUGAGCGUGGCUCAAUGAGUUUCCACCAUCCACUCCACUAUACCCUCUCCUGGUUAUUAGAAUGUGGCAGGACCAUGCCCUCGGAAACUGUGAGAGACCUGCUUUUACGAGCAGCCGAAAUUUCGAAGCAUAAAUUCUCUAAAGCACUGGCUCAGUCAUUUGAUAACGAAGAUAUUAUGCUUGCGAUGUUCGACUAUCCAUUGAGAGUUUGUGCAUGGCUUGCCCAGUUGAAAGCUGGUAUGUGGGUAAGAAACGGCUUGAGUCUUCGUCAUCAAAUGGGUCAAUAUCGAUCACUCAUGUCUCGUGAUGUGUCAUACUACCGGAAUAUUUUUAUGAUACAGGUUGCAAUGGUUGUUUGUGAUCCGAGCCGUGUUUUAGCUACAGUUUCCGAUCGAUACGGGAUUACGGACUGGGUGAAAGGAGGUUAUGUCGUCCGUCCGGGUUACGACGACCCACAACAUGUCGACGUUGCUGAAGAAUUUAUCCAUCUGUUGAUAAUGCUGGUCUCUGAACGGACAUCACUGAUACCACUUGAGGAUGAAGCCACUAUCCAACGCGAUAUAAUCAAAAGAGAUAUUGCCCAUGCACUGUGCUUCAAGCCGCUCUCAUACACGGACUUGGUGAAUCGCGUGAGCGAAAAGGUGUCAGAUUCAGACGACUUUCCUGACGCGCUUGAGGAGGUUGCGACUUUCCGAGCGCCGGAUGGCUUGAAUGACACGGGCAUUUUCGAGUUGAAACAAGAUUAUGUCGACUUCAUAGACCCGUAUGCUGCACACUACAGCAAAAAUCAGCGAGACGAGGCCGAAAAUAUUUUCAAGCAAUGGAUGGCGAAGAAAACUGGGAAAAAGCCAGCUGACGUUGUUUUUGAGCCGAAACUGAAGCCAAUUUCUAACGGUCUUUUUGCAGAUCUUAGCCAUUUCACUCAGACACCUCUAUUUGCGCAGAUUAUACAUCAGUGUCUCGAGUAUUGCUUGAUGUUUAAGAUUUGUACGCCGGGUGUUACAGCAACUAGAGUUGAAGCGCUGCUUCAUAUGGUUCUGCAUUUACUGCUCUUAGCGGUUAUGGAGGACACUGCUGGCGAAGAUGACGGUUCCGCAGAGAAUGCAACUAAAUCAUUCACUUCACACGCCCUAUGCAGGAUGAAGUCUACACAACUUGGCGAGCUGACUAUUGUUGGCUUGCUCCAACAUGUAUCCACUGUGCCUGAAUUUGAGUCCUGCGGAUCAAAAAUCUGUCACAUUCUUAAACGCCUCUGGCAAAAACGUCCUAAAACCUAUGCUGUGGCAACGGAGGGUCUUAAGUUUCCCUACGACAAAAUCGAAUCCGAGUCACCUGUCCCUGGUGUGGAAAACGAACUGGACUUGAAAAAGAAACGCGCACUUGAUAGGCAAGCAAAGAUAAUGGCCCAGUUCCAGCAGCAACAACAGAACUUUCUGAGUAACCAGGGUGAAAUUGAUUGGGGGGAAGAAGAUUUUAGUGCGGAUGAAAAAGCAUCAGUACGAAGUCCUACGGAGAAGAAAUUGUGGAAAUAUCCUGCAGGAAACUGUAUUUUCUGUCAGGAAGAAACCAACGACUCGAGGUUGUACGGCACAUUUGCCUUGAUGAUAGACAGUAUGAUGUUCAGGCAGACGGAUGAAUGCGCGCAAAAUUCAGUUGGAGAAGUUAUGGAUUGUCCAUGCAGCCUGGACAGAUCAGCCGAUGCCAUUCGGCCUUUUGGCAUAGCCGGUCAGAAUCGCGAGCAGGUACGUCGUCUAGAUUCGACUGGUGGAGAAGUCAUUUCGGAGAAGCAGGGCCUCGGUGAAGGAUUCCCUCGAUCCCAUGUAGCCAGGGCACCCAUUAUGACUGGUUGUGGACAUAUCAUGCAUUACACCUGCUUUGAGACCUAUUGCAACACAACUUACAGGCGUCAUAGCCAUCAAGUUGCUCGCAACCAUCCAGAGCGGCUGAUGCUGAAAGAAUUUGUGUGCCCCCUUUGUAAAGCACUUGGCAAUGCUUUCCUGCCGAUUAUUUGGAAAGGUAAAGAAGAGUCAUAUCCAAGUGUUUUAGUCACGAGCGAAGAAUUUGAUGAAUUUUUGGACGGGAAACUUAUCCAGGCCGCCUCUCGGUUCCGGAACCACGCCCUGAUCAUGGAAAGUGACAAGCUUCACACAUCUGGUUAUCAAAACUUCUUUGUUGAUUAUGUGUCCAAGAAUGUCAUCUCCCCGCUGUCAAACAAAGUGGAACAACUGGUUACGCCUUCCCUCCCGUCAUUGACAUUUGGGCCGCGGCCGCCCGCUCCAAGAAUGCCAAUGCCUGGGCUAUUUCCUCCUGGAGAGGAUGGGUCUAUUUUGAACUCUCUACAUCAAGUUCCCGGCAUACAGGAUCCUGCAGUUUCUGAACUGAUGACUGUUUACAAAAGACUGCGAAUGACUAUGCAGUGUAAUGCAAUGCCGUCUCGCUUCGGUUAUCAGCAGAAUACCGUUACACCGGACGACUUGAUCCGCACAGAUACCUUGAUUAAAACAUUUGGAGCAUCGAUAUCGGCUGUAGAGAUAUCUCAGCGUGGCGUGGGAUGUGAACCUGGCGCGACUCUGCUUGAUACCAUUCCUCGGAUGACGUUGACUCACCUACGCAUUCUAUCUGAGACGGCACUCUCCUACGCCGCUAUAGGAGGCCUGCAAAACUCGAUGGCAAAUAAAACGGUCUACGAAUUCCGUGAUAUGCAUCGUCGGAAGUUGUGUCAGCUAUUCCUUGGGCACCGUGGAAUUUCUGGGCUUGCCAGUCUUGCCAACGAAAACAAAAACAUUGAGCCAUUAUUCGCGAUGGACACGUUUGUCUUCCUUGCGGAGUGUUCACUAUGUCUAGUCCCAGUCCUUAAUAUUGAUAUCCAUCACGUCGUUCGUAUUUGCUAUGUCGCCGAAAUCAUUAAAGUUGUGCUCAGUUUUAUUCUUCGUCCUGAAGGGCUGGUAGCACAGUUGAACUGUUCCAUGCUCCUAAUGGUCGAUGAAGCAAAAGAAGAAGCCUUGACGCAGGGACCAGAUUUCAUCAGGGGCUUUUUCGACUGGAUUGUUGCGACAUAUCGAGCUUCAGCUUUACGGGAGACUCGAAAUCCCGGCGCCCUUAACUUCGACGAUCCUUCCCCAUAUAUAUUGAGGGUACUUGCGAAAGUUGCGGCCAAAUACGCCCUUCCAUUCCUGCGAAAGGUUGCCAUUUUGCUCCACGUGCAAUAUGGUGUUGAGUUUCCCAACACUGGGGUCGAUUGCGCCGAUCUAUCAGAAAUUGAUCGACUGACGAGUCUUCUACGGCUGCCCACUGUUGAAGAGAUAUUUGCUUCUUUUUCGGGAGAUCCUCGCGAGAAUCCCCUGGAUUCAUUGGCCUCCGGGUGGAUAGCUCACUGGAAUACGUCGAGACCAAAGGGGGAAAGCCGUCGUCCGGAGGGACCGCCGCUAUCUCACCCAGCGAUCUAUGAGCUAGUAGGAUUACCAAAGUACUAUGAUACUUUGUUCGACGAGGCCAAUCAGAGACGGUGCCCCACGACCGGAAAGGAAUUAACCGACCCUUGCCUGUGCCUGUUCUGCAGCGAAAUAUUUUGCGGUCAGGCCACCUGCUGCAUGGACGAGUCAAAGAUCGGUGGAUGUAAUCGACACGUGGAAAAGUGCGGCAAGAAUGUCGGUGUAUUCAUUAACAUCCGCAAGUGCGCCGUGCUCUUCCUGCAUAAUAGGCACGGCUGCUUCCACGUUGCACCGUAUCUUGACAUUCACGGCGAGGUGGAUCUGGGUUUCAGGCACCACAGACCGCUUAUCUUGAACCAGAAGCGUUAUGAUCGGCUUAUUCGUGAUGUUUGGCUGACCAAUGGAAUCCCAGCUACUGUCAGUCGAAAGAUGGAAUCAGAAACCAACACGGGUGGAUGGGAGACUCAGUAACGCAUGAGAAAAGUGUUUGGCGAUAAGAAAUUUCCUUUGCAUUCGCAUGGAGAUCUAUUUUAGCAUAGGAAUAACUAUGGGUUAUACAUGAUGCUUGCGUUGAAAUGCAGCACCAUGUCCGGAGUAUUGUCUCUCAUGAUACAUGUUCUAUGGAUGUACGAAUGUAUUACGGUGUUUACAGCGAGGGGUUUGUCUAUGGUUAUGCCUCAUUGUUAAAACUAGGCAAGGCAAAAUUAUGCCAACUAGCUCUGUUAAUGGAAUGAUU